AUGUCUUCACCAAUUGAAAAAGAUUCACAAGCAAUUGAUACGGGUGCUCUCAGCACAAAUGGCACGAAGGAACCAUUUCACGAGGAGGGGCUCGAGCUGUCCGGUAGGCCCGCUACCGUGAAUCUACAUCGCCAAAAAUGGUACCAAUGGUUCUCGCCUAGCGACACGCCGGAAGAGCGUCGAUUGAUACUAAAGCUGGACGCAUUGAUCAUGAUCUUUGUUUUUCUAGCAUAUUGGGCGAAAGUUUUAGACUCAUCUGCGACAAGUGCAGCAUACGUGAGUGGUAUGAAGGAAGACUUGAAGUUGUUUGGAAACGAGCUCAACUAUCUCAACACCACUUACAUGGUUGGAUAUAUCACGCUUCAAAUACCAUUGACAGUGCUUAUGACUCGCUUCUCGGCAGCAUACUUUAUUCCCGGGGCCGACCUCAUAUGGGGAAUACUCACUCUUGCGCAGUACAAAGUCAGCAAUGUGCACCAGCUAUAUGUGCUUCGCUUCUUCGUCGGCGCGGCUGGAAGCUUGUUCUUCCCAGCUGUUCAAUGGCAUCUUGGGUGCUGGUAUAAGCGGUCAGAACUGAGCCGACGAGGUGCUUUAUUUUUCAUUGCCAGUCAAGUUGGUAGUAUGAGUUCGGGAUACAUACAGAGCGGUGCAUACGCUCACCUCAAUGGUAGGUAUGGCAUUGAAGGAUGGCGCUGGCUGUAUAUUAUUUGCUUUGCCUGUACGGUACCAGUCGCCCUCCUUGGAUUCAUUGUGCUACCGGGUCAUCCAGAUACCUGCAAACCUUUCAUCUUAACAGAAAAUGAUAUUCGACUAGCCAGAGAGCGCAUGGCGGCUGAAAACCGUGAACCUCGAAAGCCAAUUACUUUAUCUGUGAUCAAAUCUGUUUUGGUCGGUUGGCACUUUUGGGUUUUAGUAUCCUUUGCCUUUUUCUUCUCACAGGCCGACGGCAUCUCCUCAAACAGCGGCCUCCCAUUAUGGCUCAAAGCCGAAGGGUACAGCGUCGAGAAGAUCAACACCAUCACCACCAUCCUACCUGCGGUGACAAUCGUGUCCUCAAUCAUCUGCGGCGUGUUAUCAGACAUUUAUGAUGCCAAAAUCUGCUUAAUCACUAUUACUGCUUUGCUCAACAUCUUGGCGGGCGUGGUUUUGGCCAUCUGGGACGUACCCAAGGGUCUCAAAUUUUUCGCCUUUUUCCUUUCGGGGUCUGCAGACGGCAUCGCCGCCGUCAUUUACGCAUGGGCAAAUGAGAUUUGUGCCGGAAAUGCAGAAGAGCGUGCAAUCGUACUUAGCAGCAUGAAUACUGUUGGAAAUACGUUUGGAGCAUGGCUUCCGUUAUUGUAA